GAGCCCGACUGGGCCGGGCCGGGCCGGGCCGAGCUGAGCGGAGCCGAGCUGAGCGGAGCCGAGCCGGGCCGGGCCGGGCCGAGCGGAGCCGAGCCGAUGCUGCAGUGCCGCGUCCCCGGGGAUGCAUAGCCCCGUUCCCACGGUAUGUCAGUGCCUCCCAAGCAGCCAAGACUCAGCGGCUCCGUGGCAUGAGGUUUGUAAAAAGGAUUCUGGUUGAUGGCCUUGAUCCGCAGCUCCGUGAGGUGAUUUCCACUAACCUUGGGUAAGGAGCAAUUAAUUCCUUGCCAGGCCCCUGCACAGGACAGUUCGUUCGUGUUUAAUGCUUUAAUGCAAUCCUGUAGGGAAUCCAGACAUCACACACUUAGAAGGGUUUCUCCAUCCAUUUUCCCGUGGUCCCCCACCAACCAACCAACCCCAAAAAAAAACAAAAAAGGAGGAUCAGGUUUUACUGAGAAUAAUUCAGGCCAAGAUACUUCUUUUCACAGAUGGGUGAUUCCACAGGAUUCAGUCAGGCACCUGAGGGUGCUGACCUGGGGAGAGUUCUGCAAGACAGUUUUUAGAUGUGGUCUGUACUGGAGCCACUGCGUGGUGACUGAAAGGCUCCCUUGGGAACUGCCUGAGAAGGAGCAAUUCCUGCCUAAGUGGUGUGGGAUUGUAAAACAAGACAACAGGGGGCUGUUGAGCCUGUUCUUUUUAUGGGAUGGAGAGGGGUGCACAUCCUAGGAGAGGAAAAAACAUCACCCCAGUUCUAAUAUUGACUUCAGGAAUGCUGAUGUCUCUGCACCUCACAUGUAACACAGAUUGUCCUCUUUUUAGUGCAUGGACAAGCUUCAUCCACUUUUGUUUGUUUGUUUGAUGUAAAAUACUUCUUUCUCCUUAGUGUAUUCAGAUCCAAGGACUGGCAGGGCAUUUGCUUUUGAAGUAACACCACAUGAACGUACUAAGUUGGAAGUGAAUCUCUGCUUACCCUGACAGCCAGGACAGCUCAAUCCAGGAUCCUGACCAAAAAAAAAAAAAAAAGUCAUUCUUUUGGCUUAAGACUUUGAGCAUCAGAGGAAGCAGCCUGUCCUUCUGGCCAAGCUACCUGGGCCCACAUCACUUCUCCAGCCUCAGCAAAGACGCUGGAUUUGCCGAGCCUCAACUUGUCAUUGCCACCUGAGCCCUGGAAGGACUUAGAGGAGAUCCUCAGGGUCCCUGGUUCUGCCUGGAUCAGUGGUGAGGCGGAGCAGCAGCACGGAGGAGCAGGAGAGCCUGCAGGGCUGCCUGCAGCUUUGGACACCACACUCAUGGUCCCCAGCAGUGGCCUCCAGCAUGCAGCUGGCACCUCCUACAGAUACAAACUGCAGUGCCUCUGGAGCCAGGUGAGGCAGAUCGCCAGGGAGAGGGACAAGGCGAGGCUUGGUUUGGAGAAGGCAGAGAGACACUGCCAGCAGCUGGGCAGGGAGCUGGAUGAGCAGUGCAUCGCUCUGGAGCACACCCAGAGCAAGCUCAGGAAUUUUCAGGCAGAAAUGGAGGCAAAAGAGCUGCUUUUGCAGCAAGCAGUGAGUCACCAGGCAAAGCUGGAGGCUGCUACACGGCUCCUCCAGGGCAAAGAGGCCAACCUGCAAGGGAGACUCAACCAUGUGAUGAAUGAGAACACACAGCUACAAAACAAGGUCACAGAGAUGGCUGAGAAGCUGUCAGCCUCUGAGGAAAUGGUGUUGGAGCUGCAAAAAGAACUCAACCACAUUGUGAAGGAUAAGCUGGAGCAGGGGGAGCCCCACAGCCCAGAGUUCCUGAAGCAGAGUGAGCGCUUUGCCGAGAUCGUCCUGGAGUACGAGCGGCAGUGCCAGGUGCUGCACGACCAGAACAGAGCGCUGCGAAGGGAGCUGCAAAGGCUGCGCCUGCAGCUGCAGGAGAGCAGGGCUGAGGGAGCGCUGCCAGCAGCAGAAAUGUCACUCCCAGUGGAGGAGCUCCAAGAGCAGCUGCAGGACCUGAGGGUGCAGCUGGAAACCAAGAGUGAGAAAGGCAAGGAGGAGCUCUGUCACCCGGAUGUCAAGAUGCCUCAGCUGGGCUGUGAACCCCCUGAGCACAAGUUUGGUCACAGCCAUGGCCCUGGCACUGCCCAGCUGCAGAGCCAGAGCCUUCUGGAGGCUGAGUGGCUGCAAGGAGCAGAGAUUGCUGCAAGGCUGGAGCACCACCAGAGGCAUGCAGCAUGUUGGAUGGAGAUGGAGCUGCUCCAACAGCAGCUCCAGGCCUCACAGGAAAAGCUUUUGGAAGCCAAAGCCAACCUGAGCCUGGCCCAGGCCCAGCACACUCUGCAGUUGCAGCAGGCCAAGGCCCAGAUAAACAACAUGGUGCCAAAGAAGCAGUUUGAGCAGCUGCAGAACACCUUGAGAGAGGAACAGUGCAAGACUCAGCAGCUCCAGGAAAGCCUCCAGCUGCAGGCUGAGCAAGCAUGCAGGCAGCUGGUCAGGACCCAGGAGGAACAUGAACAGCUGCUGCAGGCAGCUGUGGAGCAGGCAGAGGUGCUGGAACAGAGUCUGAGGAAUGCUGAAGCUCUGCUGGCAGAGAGGGCAGCUCAGCUCAGAGAUGCCCAGGCCCAGCUCUCCAGGAACAAACUAUUGAUUGAAGAGCUCCGUGGAGAGAACAGGAGGUUUGCAAUGGCCCUGCAGGCUGCUGAGCUGAAGCAGAAGAACAUGGAAGAGAAGAACCAGCUGUUGGAAGAACAAGCCUCAGCUCUAAAGCAGCUUAUUGGAAAAAUCACACCAGCAUCUCUGAGUGGGUGAUGGAACAUCUGCAGUGGCAGCUCCAUGUCCUGGCUGAGGCUGGUCAGGUGCAGAAUGGGAGAUACAGCUGGGUUGGGAAAUUCGCCUUGUCCUCUCUGGUCUUGCCAGCAUUUUCCUGUGCAGAAAAUAGCAAAUGGGGAGCCUAGAGUCCUUUGAGGAAACUGGUCCUGUGGAUAGUUGAAUUUUCUAACUGAAAGCAGUAGCCUUGGUGCCUUUCUCAGUGGCAGUGUGCUGUUGUCAUGGCUGUCUCAGGACAGCCAGCUCACAGGAUUUUCUUUGGCAGUGUUUGGUGGAGGUGCAGGUGCUCCCUCUUGGCAGAAGGUGGAUGUUGGAGCCACAGUUACAUCUCAAAAGCUAGGGCAGAAGGGCUUGCAGGACCCUGUGCCUGGCUCACUCCAUGCAGGAAAGAAAGCCGAGUUGUGGCAUUAAAAUGUGUGCAAUGUUACAGCA